AUCACUCGAGUUAGUUGUAAUUGGACAGCUCGCUCCGUAAGUGAAAAGCCACCUUGUCAAUCAGUGCCCAAAUCACAAGUAGUUCAUCCAUGUGUCCAAUCCACUUAAGCCACCCUGAUCGAUAGGCUGCAGCGCCUCACCAGCCAGGACUAAUGGCACCAUGGAUUAUCUCAUAGAUAAAGUGCUGGGACAAUGCAGUGACUUGAAUCGUGGUGUGCGCGAAGGGAAGAAGGAGUGCGUUUUGGACAUUUCGCCCAAGGACAUGUGCCAAGCGGACUUCCCGUAGAGCAGCGAGAGUUGAACAGAGGAUUAAUCGUGAUUUACUCUUCACCGUGAUAUUACCUGUUAACUUUAAGUGAUCCAGCAAUGUUGUGCACCAGUGCGCCGCCCAGUCCAAUAGGAUCAGACAUAUCCGUGGGGGCGCCGAGUCCGCCGGCAACGGACGUGUCGCACGCCGCGUCCGGCGAGGACUACUUCCGGCCACUCAAGCAGCUGAAGAUGCUGGACGGCAGGGAGAAGUGCUCCAGCCCGCCGCGCUCCACCAUCGAGGGCGUCAAGUCCUUCUCCAUCGCCGACAUCCUGCGCCACGAGCCGCCCACGAGCGGCGUCACGGGCGGCGUCGGCGGCCUCGGCCACCAUCACAAUCACCUGCACCAGCACCAGAGCCAUCCCGCCACGAAGAUCGUGCGGCCGUGGGAUCACCUGCGCGGCCCCAUCCCCGUGCGCCCCUUCCUGCCGCCCGCCCUCCUGCACUACGAGCACCGCCUGGCCCUGGACUACCAGCGGCAGCUGCAGGAGCACUUCACGGCCCAGGCGCAGCUCCUGCGCCACAUGAGCAUGGAGAUUAUUCCCUCAGAGAGCGGAUCCGAGCGCUCCAGCUCCGCCACCAGCGACUGCUGCUCGCCAGAGAUUGGCGGCUCGCGCACCUCAGAUCACCACCACUCCAGCGGCCAGCAAACCCCCGCAGCGGCCCACCAGGCCAGCUCCGCCGGCGGCCAGAAGACUAAGCCCAACGGGACGCCCCUCGACGCCCUCUUCCAGAUGACUAACAAAACCUUCGACGAGGCCCAAGGCGAGAACGGUUCCGAUCAAUCGCAUUUAAAUUUAUUUGCCUCGCGGCCACAGCCAAAAAAGAAGCGUAAAUCACGGACGGCGUUCACAAAUCACCAAAUCUUUGAGCUGGAGAAGAGAUUUCUGUACCAGAAAUACCUGUCGCCGGCCGACCGCGAUGAGAUUGCCGCCGCCCUGGGACUCUCCAAUGCUCAGGUGAUCACGUGGUUCCAGAACCGCCGAGCGAAGCUGAAGCGCGACAUGGAGGAGCUGAAGAAGGACGUGGAGACGGUGAAAGUUCUGUCGUCGCACAAGAGUUUCCUAGAAAAUGUCAACGACUUGGGCAUCCUGAAGAAGAAAACUGUCCACGACGAGGGCGACGCGAGUCCUCAGAAAUGAGCAAAUAUGCUCACGGUGUCAUUUUCCCGUGGCGGAUAAUAAAGAAAGUGAAGAGAGAAAGAGUAGAAAUUGUAAUGAUAUUUAAGGAAUCCAUCAAAUUUUUAGAAAAAGAACCAGUGCUGUAAAUAAUCUCUAAAUGAUAAAUGUAACUUGAAUGAAUAUAAUAUCGAAGAAGUUUAUUGUAUUUUGUGAAGAUCUCAGUGUAGAAUUUUAUAUAGCAUGACAUUCUCAUUACUCAAAACAGUGUGAAUAGAGACAAUUUUAUAUACAAAGUUCUUCAUGUUUUAAUUUUCCAAUCGAAAAGGGGGUAAUAACAAGUGCAAUAUAUGGGAAAUCAAUUAUCUCCACUGAAUGUGCAAAAUUUCCAAUAUAAUUCUGUGCUCUUCUCUUAUUGUAUCUGUGUUUGUUUGAAUUUGAAAACAACUUCUUAAGCGCGCCAUAAACAUGAAUUCUACGGUAGUUAAAGAGAUAUUUGAAUUAUUUGUUAUAUAUUUCACUCUUCUUAUUUGACUUUAAAACAUCCUUAAAGCACUUCAUUGAUGAGGAAGAAUUGCCAAAUGAACUAUUUAAUUAUGAUCUGUAAGCUAAAAAAAAACAAUCAGUAUUUGAGCACUUUCAGUGGCAGAAAGACAGUUAGAAACCCCACAAAAUUCAUCAUGUAUUCAUAAAUCAGUUGGAUUUUUCUCAAAAUUGGAGAUUUCAAUUGGUGAAUUUUUGAUAAAUUGACAAUAAUCCAUCAAGAGUUCAAAAAUAAUUGCAAUGCUUCUGUUUGGAAAUGCGGUGAAAACUUUAAUCGAUCGAAAAGUCACUAAAAUUCAGUGCACAGGAGGAGAAAAUUGGAUGAAAUUGUGAAAGUUUUGAUUCUAAUUAUUGUACAUAUCUCGGACAGAGGAAGAGGUAAGAAGUCGGAAUAAGAAAA